AUGAGUGUCGACGAACAUCCGACUUCGACAUGGGAAGCCAUGCAAGAUGGGCAGGUCUUCUACCGGAGACAGCAGGUGUACUCGAUUCCGGGGAAGCUACCCAACCUGGGUGACUUCAUCAUAGCUGGAUGUCGGUAUGGAGGUCCUCUGGCCUUGAUGAGGGACACGUCGAAACUGGUCGCACUCGGUACCGGAACCACUGCGUUCGCCAAGGCGCAGAUUCAAGUCUAUUCUCCAGCAGGCGAAGGAUUGUUACUUUUCAGUGUGUGGGACCAGGGGAAAAUCAUACGCUUUGGAUGGACUGGAGAUGAACGGCUUGUUGUCCUGAACGAGGAAGGGAUCUACAGACUAUACGACCUACAAGGCGACUAUCAGCAAUAUUCUCUUGGAAGCGACGCUUCCGAAGUGGGUAUUGUUGACGCGCGAGUACAUGAGAGUGGACUGGUCGCCCUGACAGGGUCGUUAUCCUUGCUGGAGGUCAAAGGAUGGGAUGGUGCGAAGCCACUUACGCUCGCAAGCCCUGGUCUCGCACAACCGCCUCAUGCCUGGGCCGUGAUCCCGCCAGACCAGACUAUAUCUCGCCAUGUCGAAGUCCUGCUGUCGGUCGACUCAACGGUGUAUAGCGUCGAUAAUCUAGAGGCAACAGACCAGAGACUGUCGCGAGGGCCGUUUUCUCACCUUGCACCUUCGCCGAACGGGAAGUCCCUCGCCUUGCUGACCUUCAACGGGACGCUUUGGGUCGUCUCAACAGACUUUCAACGCAGCUUGGCUGACCUUGACACCUCUGCUGUCGCUGCCUCUGCAGGAGAGGUUAGACAGGUGGUUUGGUGUGGAAACGAUGCCGUUCUUGUGACCUGGGACCACAUGGCUUUGCUUGCCGGUCCAUUUGGAGACACUUUACAGUACUUCUACAGCGGACCAACAUUCGCGAUCACAGAGUCUGACGGAGUACGAAUAAUUGGGCCAGAAGCGUGCGAGUUCGUUCAGAAAGUGCCUGUCUCUUCUGUAGAGGUAUUCCGGCCGGGAUCAACGGCUCCCUCAGCGAUCCUCUACGAUGCAUGGGAGCUUUUCACAAAAAGAUCGCCCAAAGCAGAUGAGAGCAUACGAAGUAUACGCCCUGAGCUUGGAGCUGCGGUAGACGGAUGUAUCGACGCAGCAGGUGGGGAAUGGGAGCCUUAUUGGCAAAGACGUUUGUUGAAUGCAGCCAAAUUCGGCAAAGCAUUCUUAGACGUGUAUGAUGCCACCGAUUUUGUCAACAUGGGCAAUGCGCUGAAAGUCUUGAAUGCUGUACGUCACUACGAGAUCGGAAUACCUGUUACAUAUACCCAAUAUACCCAACUAUCUCCCUCUCAGCUCAUUGCUAGGCUAACCUCACGAAAUCUGCAUUUAUUCGCACUACGGAUAUCAUCAUUCCUCUCACUACAACCUUCGGCUGUCCUCAAGCACUGGGCGUGCGCCAAGAUCUUGCGAUCUAAGCCUACUUCCGCCAGCAAAGACGCGGGUCUCGACGAUGAUCACGUUUGCAAAUCUAUCGUGGAGAAGUUUGAGGCACUUGGUGCUUCCGGGGUCAGCUACGCAGAAAUUGCGCAGAAGGCAUGGGAGGUGGGCCGGACGGAACUGGCAACUAAGCUUUUGGAUCAUGAACCGAAGCCUUCAGAUCAGGUUCCUUUACUGCUAAAUAUGAAGGAAGAUCGGUUAGCACUAACGAAAGCAGUGGAAAGUGGUGAUACCGAUUUGGUCUAUCAUGUGCUGCUUCACCUGCAGAGACGGCUACCUCUCGGGGACUUCUUUCGUCUCAUUGAGGAAGGCGGCCCAAGUCUCGCCCUCGCAAGCAAGCUGCUGCAAGUGUAUGCAAAGGCUCAGGAUCGCGAGAUGCUGCGCGACUUUUAUUACUCGGACGAUCGGCGUGUAGACAGCGCUGUACUUUCGCUUAGCGAAGCGGUAACGAUGACGGAUCCGGUGGCCAAAAUCAAUGCUGUUAAAGCGGCGCAGAAGUUCUUCUCAGAAGACAAGGAGCGGAGCUUCGAGGCCAAGAUGACGGACGAAACCGUCCGCCUACUUACAUUCCAGCAACAAUUAGAAAAGGAGGCUGACGGUAGAAUCGUCUUCUUUGGUCUGAGCGUGAACGAGACCAUCCGCACAUGCCUCGUUAACGGUAUGGGUAAGCGAGCGGACAAGACCAAGUCUGACUUCAAGGUUCCCGACAAGCGGUUCUGGUACAUCAAACUGCAUGCGCUGACAGAGAUCCACGAUUUCGAGGGCUUGGACGGUUUCGCGCGCUCGAGGCGGAGUCCAAUUGGUUACGAGGCCUUCGUGCGUCAUUUGGUCGAGAAAGGCCAUACCCGGGAGGCUAUUCCAUAUGUGGCUCGCUGUGAUUCUAACAAGCGUGUCGAUUUGUACGUUCUAUGCGGCGACUGGCGGUUGGCUGGUAAGGAAGCCAAGGACAGAGGAGAUAAAGCCAAACUUGAUGAACUUCGUCGGACAUGCCCAAAUUCACUCAUACAACGAGAGUUGGAUCAGCUCGCUGCAGGCAUGAAGUGA